GCCAUCCUUGGUUUUUCAUUGAGGGGAAUGAAAGGUCAAUUUUUGGAUAAAAGUAGAGAUCAUAGGCGAAAAUUGAAGGUGGGGUUUACUAAGGAAGGAAGGCAGAAGUUGUAGGAUAUUUAAGUUAUUUGGCGGGAGAAAAUUGUUAGAAGCUGAGCUGGAAACUCAGAGGCUAUGAUGAGUUUGUUACAAUUGUACAGAUCACAUUCUUGUAUACAAGCACAUGUAAAAGACAUCAAGGGACUCGAUUUUUCAUUCUCUCAAUUCUGUUUUCACAUACAUUUAUCAUGGUAUCAAAGCAGUUUUUUCCUGUGUAGAUAUUCUUUGCUUCUCAAGAUCUAGAUCUAGAUUUUGCUACUUUGUUAUCUGGAUCUGGGUUUUUACUAUUCUGUUUUCAAGUGAUCAGAGGAGCAAGUUUUCUUUCAAUUACUUAUGCUGUGGUGUCAAUGAGCAGUAGCUGCAAUUAUGGAAUAUGGAAAUCCAAGCAGAGUUUCAGUAAAUAAAUCAAUGGAGGAAGUACUUCAAUUGCAAAGUUAUAAUAAUUCAAGAUUAAUCGUGGAAUUCAAGAAGAAGAAGCAUGAUAAGCCUCAAACAUAUAUUGCUGUGCAAGAAACACCGUUGGAAGAGUCUGGAUCUGAAUCAAAUAGGAGAAUUGAAGAAUGGAAGAAAGAGUUUGCAAAUGCAGUAUGUCAGGAGGUGGCCAAAUGUACGAAGGGUAAGACGAAUGUUGAUGAUAAUUGCCCACAAUUUACUGGCUCUUCUAGAUACGCAGUUAGCAAAGACUCAGGGAAGGGGAAGAAAACAUUGAGUCAGGGCCAAGAGACAUUUAUCAGAGGUAGACAGACUGAUAGGGUAGCAGACUAGGCUGCUAGUGCUACAUUGAGAGUUCAUCGGGUAUAUUGAGUAUACCAUAUUUGGCAUUUUGUAUUGUAAUGUAUGUUCACUGUAUGUAUAUAUUGUUCUUGAUUUUGAGCAGUUGUAAAUUAAAAUUGUACAUUAAAAUUGUACAUUAAAGUUGUAAACUAAAUUUGUAAAUUAUUUUGGCUUGUAAAUAUUGUGAUAUAUUUCCUUUAUCUCUGCUUUUAAAAAUACUGAAAAAUUAU